AUGGCCCAGCGUCUAACGGCGGCUCGUGUGGCUACCCCAGUGCUUGCGCGUGCGAAGCACACCGGCCCUGUGCUCACGUCGCUGCGCCACGUCCGCGCCGGCGCCGCGCUGCCCCCGAAGCUGGCGGGCGCCAUCCGCACCUACGCGGCGGAGGCCGGUGGCAAGUUUGUGCGUUCGAAGCCGCACAUGAACAUCGGUACGAUUGGCCACGUCGACCACGGUAAGACGACGCUUACUGCGGCAAUUACCAAGGUGCUUAGCGAGGCCUCGGGUGAGGGCAAGUUUGUCGACUACGCCUCGAUCGACAAGGCGCCGGAAGAGAAGGAGCGUGGUAUUACCAUCUCCACGGCGCACGUCGAGUACGAGACGCCGAACCGUCACUACGCGCACGUCGACUGCCCGGGUCACGCUGACUACAUCCGUAACAUGAUUACGGGUGCUGCGCAGAUGGACGGUGCGAUUAUCGUCGUGUCGGCCACCGACGGUCAGAUGCCGCAGACGCGUGAGCACUUGCUUCUCGCUCGCCAGGUCGGUAUCAAGAAGCUUGUGGUGUUCGUCAACAAGGUUGACCAGGUGGACGACAAGGAGAUGCUCGAGCUUGUCGACAUGGAGAUGCGCGACCUGCUCUCGACCUACGGCUUCGACGGUGACAACACGCCGAUCAUUUCCGGCUCGGCCCUGGCGGCGCUGGAAGGCCGCGACGAGGAGAUCGGCAAGCAGGCCAUCCUGAAGCUCAUGGAGGAGACCGACAACUGGCUCGACCUCCCACCGCGUGACCUCGACAAGCCCUUCCUGAUGCCCGUCGAGGACGUGUUCUCGAUCUCGGGUCGUGGUACGGUCGUCACGGGUCGUGUGGAGCGUGGCACGGUCACCAAGGGCUCGGAAAUCGAGAUUAUUGGUCUCGGCGGCCACCUCAAGACCACGCUGACGGGUAUUGAGAUGUUCCACAAGGAGCUCGACCGCGGUGAGGCGGGUGACAACAUGGGUGCCCUUCUCCGUGGUGUGAAGCGUGAGCAGGUUCGUCGUGGUCAGGUGCUCAUUGCCCCUGGCUCGGUGAAGCCUGUGAAGAAGUUCACGGCGCAGAUCUACAUUCUUACGAAGGAAGAGGGUGGUCGCUACACGCCGUUCAUGAACAACUACCGCCCGCAGUUGUUCAUCCGUACCUCGGACGUGACGGUCUCGCUGACGCACCCGCCGGGCACCGAGAACGCUGACGAGGCUAUGGUUAUGCCGGGUGACAAUGUCGAGCUGGUGUGUGACCUUGUGCACGACAUUGCGCUCGAGGAAGGUUCGCGCUUCACCCUGCGUGAGGGUGGUAAGACCGUGGGUACUGGUAUUGUGACCAAGAUCCUCGGUUAA